AUGUGUAAAAUGAGCCUUGAUGAGUAUGAAGAUGAUGAAGCAGGGCAGAAGGAACGAAAGAAAGAGGAUGCUAUUACUCAGCAGAACACGGUACAAAAUGAGAGUUCCAGUGCAGAUACCUCUUGCUCAUACUUACUGCAGGACUCCUCCAGAAUGGUUUCAAGCAGGUAUAAAAGUACAGCCAGUGCACCAGAGGAUGAUGCUCCAAACAGAUAUUCCCGACCAGAGAGGACAGUUUACGGCAGAUACAGCAGAGAUGCAAAUUCUUCUGGCAGUUCUCUACCAAGUAACUCUUUGGAGAAGAGGAUUGAGGAACUUGAAAGGGAACUUGCAAAAGAAAGACAGGAAAAUGCAAGAUUAAUGAAGAUGGCACAGGACAAAGAGGAACUAAUUGGAAAGCUGAAAGAAGAAAUUGAUUUAUUAAACAGAGAUCUAGAUGAUGUAGAAGACGAAAAUGAACAAUUGAAGCAAGAAAACAAAACCCUCUUAAAAGUUGUUGGACAGCUGACAAGGUAGAAGAUUCAGAUGUCAAUGAGGAAAGAUUUAAAAAACUACUGAUUGAACACUAAGGUCAAGAUAGUAAUAUUUCCUGUGUUGCAGUAUCUUAUAAUAACUGUCUUUGUAUUUAUUGUUAGGAAACCAGAUGAAUGUUUAUUUUCAUAGUGCUUUCUCCUUUGUUCAAUGAAAUGGCAUAAAAUUUGGGGUGCAUUUUUAGCUUUCUUUUCACGUAAGCAUGAUUAAAAUUUUCAACAUGUUUCAAAAUUUUAAGUUCAAAAAGAUUUGGAUUUUGUAUCUUCAGAUUACAGCUGCAGAAAUUACAGUAAUCUAAAAUUCAUAGCAUCAAGAUCAUUUUCAGUCCAUGUGGGUGUAUAUUUUUGAAAUUAAUGGAAGCAAUACAUAUGAGCUUUGUUUACACAGAUUCAAAAUAUGUAUUUUGGGAAAUGCUUCCUUUUUUGUUCGAAUUGCUGUACAUUGGAUGCCUUAUUACUGAUGUAUAACAUUUUGCAGAUUGAUGACUUGCUCUAGAACUCUUGUAUGUUGUGGUUUUUUACUGUGUCUGAAAGAUUGACAGUAGUAGAGAGUAGCAAAUUUUUUUUCCUGUGUUUAACAGUAUUCUGUCAGAAGGGGAAGGUUUUACUAAAAAACUGCAAAACAAACAAAUGCAAAACACCACAAAGCCAAAUAAAUCACCUCUCAUAUCAGCAUUAAUAAGUUCUUAGAAUCACAUUGAAGUUGUGCACUGCAGUUUAUUUUAUGGCUUUUGCUUUAGCAAUGAAUUGCAAGUUUGCAAUCAGACAGUUAGUUUGCUGUGUUGAGAAUUCAAUCAAAGCCUGGAGCUUUCAUUUUAGCAAAGACACUUCUUGUUGUCAUCCUAAAAUUUGUAGUGAUCAUAACCUAUACAAGUUUUUGGAUUUUUUUUUUUUUAAGCUGAGUGAAUUUUUUUUUUUUUUGUACGUGACGAAAUAAAGGGGCAUACUAGUGAUUUGUGCCUUUUUGAAACAUCAAAUGACAUACAAACCCCAUUUUUAUCCUUGAUUUUAAACUAACAAGUUGUUUAAAAAGUGCCUGGUUAGAUGUUACAAUCCAGUUAUGACUGUGUGUGGGUUCUCCUAUAACAUGAUAGCUGACAAAAUUUUCCUUAGACUUUAAUCACAGACCUCAGUUAACAUUUAGACUAAAAAUUAUUUGUACUUUAUUUCAUCUUAAUACAGCACAUUUUUCAUUCCUGGUCAGAUUAAAUGUACAAAAACCCUUUGAGAAAAGACACUAAAAAUUAUAACAUUUCAAACAGUCUAGGCUUUUUAUGGACAAUUUUGGUGUCAGAAAGUUACAUACAUAUAGUUCUUUUUACCUUAAAACUUAAAAGCAAUUUUAAUAUAACAAUAUUGUUAUAUUAAAUAUAACAAUAUAACAGUAUUGUUAUUUAGUAUAUAUAUGUGAAAUAUAGAUGACAAUUGCCUUUUCAGAUUUGCAAAUUGUUUUCAUAAUGUGCAAAUUGUAUUCCAUGACAGUGUUUCUUAAAUUUAAAAUUCAGCUAUUAUUGUUAACAUUUUGAAUUGUUUUGGAUAUAGGAUAGAUUAUUUUGCAUUUGUGCAUUCUGAUGAGGAAAAAUGUUUCAAAGCUUUAAAGUGUUUUUCAGGACACUUUCAGCCCAGGAUGCCUCAGUGGGUGAGAUUCCAUGGAACACCAUUUAAAACCUUUUCUCAGGGGGUUAAAUGGUACAGGGGGUUUGUAUAAGCCCUUUGAAUUACAAUGUACACCAAUGAGUAUUGCUUGUAAUAUUAAUGAAACAGUAAGAGGUCUCUUAAUUUCUAAGUUCCAUUAAAUUGACCAUUUAAAGACAUAAUGAAGUCAGUUGAGAUGAAUGCCUUUUGAAUAAAUACAAAACUUGCUCUGGAAGAACAUCUCAUUUCCUUCUCUGUGCACCAGGUAGGGAGUGCAGGUACCCACGUGCUGCAUGGGGUGUCAAACACAUUGCAGCAUUACUAAGUGCCUGACAUUGAGCAUACUGCAGUACACACAGGGAGCAAUAUGAGUAACAAAGAAGAUGUUUCAGAAAAUGUGUUUCAUGUACAUUUUAAACCAAAGAAAAACAGCAACGAAGAGCAUAAACAAAAGUUACUUGUCUUCAUAUUACCUCUUCUUGGCGGUGGUAAUGCCAGAAUUAGAAUUUUUUUAACUUGUGCAUAAAACUGACAGAAGUAUUUGGCAGAAUUUCUGGAUUUCUAAUGUAACUGUUCUUGUUCAGGGCUAGUUGUGAUUCUUCUGCUCUGGAAAACUUGUGGUAGUUGAGUUUUCCUCUGAAAACAGUCUCAUAAUCAUAAUGCAGAGUGAUUUUUAGAAAAUACCCAUUUUAUGUGUUUAAAAAAUUUAAACAUCGUUAACCUAUGAGUAAGUGAUUUUAGUUUUGAACAUUGACUAGUUGUGGUGAUACUUGUUAUCAGAUUAUAAAAAUGAUUUUGAGAUUCUUCUACUCCAGGUGAAAGAUACAUGUUUUAUAAUAAAGAUUGUUUGCCGUUGUUCAAAUAAAACAAAAUUCUUUUUAA